AUGUUUGCAUUUUGGAAUAGUGGUGCACCCUUGCACGUUGCAACGGCAACGGUUAUUUCUAGCGGUUACUGCUUAGCGGUCGACGCUCGGAGGGUUGUGAUUUACCCGAAUAAGUUGAUCACCGACAGUUUCAAGAUCAACUCCGGCAAUAGUGCAACGAAACGCAAACGAGAAGAUGCGAUCACACAAAACUAUAAGAUUAAGAUGAACCCACACUCUCUGAACUUCAAUAAAUCACCUUCACCAAUAGCCACACCGUCCAAACGUAGGAUACUAGGAGAAAUUCAGAAUAUCAGCUCGCCCAUAUUCAGACCGAAGGAUUCACCGGUAAUAGAAAGAUUGAAAAAUUCUCCGUUGUCUGAUAGGAAUUCUUCACCGUUGUCAAGUAAAACAUUCAAACGUUCGACGACAAAGAUAACGAGGAUAUUCGAAGAGCGAACGAAGUUCAAAAUGAAUAAAGAGAACGAAUCGUUUAUUAGUGAGACGUUCGUCAAGUUGGAUGUGGAGGAGGAGACGAGGGACUGCUCGUUCGGUCAAAGCUUCCAAUCAAUGAAGACGAGUAACUGGUCUAUGACUAAGCUGGACUUCACCGACUCGCUGCCACCAAAACAAGAAGCCAAAGAAAACAUAUUCGUGCCAGAGAAAGACAUAGAUUUAGACGCAGACAUGGAGACACUCCAAGACCUAGAAGAGGAAUUCGACAACGACAAUUUCGACGAAUGCACAAAAUACGAAAUAAUAAGUACAGACAGCCCUAACAUCAUAUCCAGAGGAAGAACGUCGUCUUCGAGGAAAAUAAACUCCAGAAACUUUAUAUUCGGAGCACCCAUAGCUGAUACAGAGCAGUCCACAUCGUUCAACAGACCGAAUAACACUGCUACUAGAAUGUUAAAUUUCGAAGAUGAAAACUUCGAGUUCACUUCACCACCGGCUAAGAAACUGACUACGAAUAGCUUAUCGGUUAAGAAAUCUUUAAAAUUCACUGAAACACCAACUAAAAAUCAAUUGAGACACGAGAAAAGUGACUCGAGCAUCGGCUCGAUGAGUUCUUUCUCAUCACCAGCUUCUAGUCGAUCAAGAAUGACUUUAGAAUCGUCAGCUUCUAUGGAAAGUGGGUUUAUAAGUGAAUUGGAAGAGCCGUUUUUAGAAAUUGAAGAGCCAUCUUGUUCACCUAAAAUGGCUAAUUUCAACGAUUUGCUAUCCGGUCCAAUUAAAGAUGGCAUUUUAAUUAAUAAGACACAUAGUAAAACAUUUAAUAGGAGUUUAAGUUUUAAUCCGGACAGUUCUAAAGCUAGAGUGUCCUUGUUCUCUAUAUUGGAGAACCCUAAAAAGUGUCAGAAAAGGAUGGAGAAGAGUGAAGAGGAAGAAGAUAUUAAUACUAAGAGAAGGAAACAGGAGUUAGUUAAUCCGGUUGUCGAAAGAAUGCAAAGACCUGUUCUUCAACGAGCGUUCUCUGAGAAUAAUGCUUCGAUCAUGUCUGCGUUGGCUAGAUCGGCAACGGAGCCCGAUCUGAUCGGCGACUUCUCCCGUCCGUUCCUGUUGCCGGCGGCGGCGUCGCAACACGCCGAUUUGCGCGCCAUCAGCUGCGACACGCUCGCCGCCAUACUCACCGGACGAUACAACCAACAUCUAGACACAUAUCGGGUAAUCGACUGCCGGUAUCCGUAUGAGUAUGACGGUGGCCAUAUAAAGGAUGCCAUCAACCUGUACACACCAGCUCAAGUGCAAGCGUUAGUGACUGAACCGAGAAUAGAACCUGACACCAAGAGGAAUAUCCUAGUAUUCCACUGCGAGUUCUCUCUAGAGAGGGGGCCUAAGCUAUCUCGUUUACUUCGCUCAUUGGAUCGCGCAAAAAACAAAGAGAACUAUCCCGCGCUAAAUUAUCCUGAAGUAUAUAUAUUACACGAAGGAUACCGCGCUUUUUACCAAAAAUAUCCGGAUUUGUGUUCGCCCGCCGGAUACACCGCCAUGUUGGAUCCUAAACACAAAGAGUCGCUAAGAAAACACAGACCACGGUCUUUUCUGGAGAGAAUAGUGGUCAGAUAUCGACCGCUUGUUGAAUAG